ACUGUCGCCAGUCCUGGUACUGGGCCAUGCACUCCUGCACUGCAUAGUGGGAAGCAGCACAGCCAGAUCGGGAGAUCAGCUGGUCCAGAGGGUCCUCUUCCUCAUCCUCCUUCUUCACCUGUCGGACCCAGGAAGGAUGAAGGGGAGGCCUGGCUGAGCUGUCACCCCCCAGGGAAACCAACUCUGUAUGGCAACCUAACUUGUCAAGGAAUUGGCCAAGAUGGCAUCCCAGAAGUUACAGCUUCAGAAGGAUUUAUUGUGAAUGAAAUAAACAAGAAAAGCAUUCAUAUUUCAUGUCCAAAGGAAAAUGCAUCUUCAAAGUUUUUGGCACCAUGUACUACUUUUCCCAGAAUUCAUGCAAAGAGUGUGACAUGCCUGGACAUUUCUAGUGGAGGAGGCCUUGGUGUAUCUUCUAGUUCUGAUGGGAGCAUGAAGAUCUGGCAAGCUUCCAAUGGAGAGCUCAGAAGAGUAUUGGAAGGACAUGUGUUUGAUGUGAAUUGUUGCAGGUUUUUCCCAUCAGGCCUUGUGGUUCUGAGUGGGGGUAUGGAUGCCCAACUGAAGAUCUGGUCAGCUGAAGAUGCUAGCUGCGUAGUGACUUUCAAAGGUCACAAAGGAGGUGUCCUAGAUACAGCCAUUGUUGACCGGGGGAGGAAUGUGGUAUCUAGUUCUCGAGAUGGGACAGCACGACUUUGGGAUUGUGGGCGCUCAGCCUGCCUGGGAGUCAUUGCAGACUGUGGUUCUUCCAUCAAUGGAGUGGCUGUGGGUGCUGCUGACAAUUCCAUAAACCUCGGCUCCCCUGAGCAGAUGCCCAGUGAACGGGAGGUUGGAACAGAGUCGAAAAUGCUGCUGUUGGCCCGGGAAGACAAGAAACUUCAGUGCUUGGGACUACAGAGCAGGCAGCCGGUCUUCCUCUUUAUUGGCUCAGAUGCCUUCAACUGCUGUACUUUUCUCUCUGGCUUCUUGCUAUUGGCUGGGACACAAGAUGGAAACAUUUAUCAGCUGGACGUGCGGAAUCCAAGGACUCCAGUACAAGUCAUGCACAGAUCAGGAGCACCAGUUCUGUCCUUGCUGAGUUUCAGAGACGGAUUCAUUGCUAGCCAAGGUGAUGGAAGCUGUUUCAUUGUCCAGCAAGACUUAGACUAUGUCAUUGAGCUCACUGGGGCUGACUGUGACCCCGUGUACAAGGUAGCCACGUGGGAAAAGCAGAUCUAUACCUGCUGUCGAGAUGGUCUUGUGCGACGCUAUCAGCUCUCUGACCUCUGACCCCCUGGAAAGAGGAGUCCCAGUUAAUGAAGAUUGACCCUGACCAACAAUGAGCAGAAACAGCAUCAGUCCUUCCCAAGGAUCAGGGCCCUUGGUUGUCUUGGGCUUCCUUUGGAAGUCGCAGAAAGGCAGCUACAUCGGCCCAUGUGGAACCAUCAUUCCCUGACAAGACCUACUUUGAAUGAGUAAGAAGCUCACAUGUGCUCACUGCAUUUGCCCCAACUUCUUGUAUAAACUUACCCCGCAACACAGGGCAAAUACAGAUGCUUACAAUGCGAUCUCACACCAAUUGUGUUAAAUAUUUACAGGGACCAGAGGACUAAAGCCUGUUCUCUGAAGGAAAUAAAGAGAAUAUGUUUGGAGGAAUCUGAAUUUGAAAAACUUUGUUAAAUACUCUUACUCCAGCAAAAAGUCAGUCAAGCUGAUGAAACUCCUUUCUCAGGCACUUCCUGUUUGCCUGGCCAUAGAGAAUGACUGCCUGAGAGUAGCAGCAAAUAGCCCAUAAGCAGCAACCUGGGAAAGAUUCUUAUACAGUUAGAGUAACCAGCCAAUUUUGCCUGGACUGAAGGGUUUUCUGUUACACGAGACUUUCAGUCCCAGGCAAACUGACGUGGUUGGUCGGCCUAUAUACAGGUGAUGAAGUGGAAUCAUAUCAUUGGAAAGGCAGUGGCUGUCAAAGUGUGGUCCCUGGAAGAGCUGCAGCAGUAUCACACAGGAGCUUGUUAGAAGUAGAAAUUUUGGGGUCCCACCUCAGACCUAAGUCAGAAAUUCUAUUGGCGGGGCUCACAGUAUUUUUAACAAGGCUUCCAGGUGAUUCUGAUGCACGCUGAGGUUUGAGACCUAGAGGAAGAGAUGGUGGAGAGCACCUUAGUCACAGAUGGAACCCAGGGCUCAGAGGCUGGUUUAUAGGAGAUGAGGCUGGAGAGGUUGGCAGGGUCCAAAUAGCACAGGGGCUUGAAUGCCAGCUCAGGAGUUUGAUCUUCACUUGGUUGGCAGUGGGGAACCAUGAAAUCGUUUUAAGCAAGGGUAUGACAUGGUCACCUCUUUUUUUCCCUAAACGUAAAAAUAGAAUCAUACUGUAUGUAUUCCACGCUUUAUUAUCUCUUAGUAUCUCUGAGUUCUUCCCAUCUCAGACCUUUCUCAUUCUUUUUAUCAAUUUUCAGAGUGUGAAUACCUUAUCAUUUACAUUUUUAGAGACUAUUAGAGAAAAGGUUUCUUAGAGGAUGCAACACUUGAGCUGGGCCAUGUAGGCUAAGAUCUGGAUUUAUUUAAGGGAAGAAAGUCAUUCUUGGCUGGGGUAAUAGUAUGGUUCACAGGGUUCUUAAAGGUAUAGUCUCAUGUAAUCUUUAUAACUAACUGUGACAUGCAGGUAGUGAGACUCAAAAGAGAUGAAGUGAUUUGCCAAGAGUCAUAGAGAGCAGAAAGUUGUACAGUUUAUCAUAACUUUAAAUCCCAUUUUUGGGCCAGCCCCAGUGGCCUAGUGGUUAAGUUCGGCACACUAUGCUUUGGUGGCCCAGGUUCAGUUCCCGGGUGCAGACCUAUACCAUUCGUCUGUCAGUGGCCAUGCUGUGGUGACAGCUCACAUACAAAAAGAGGAAGAUUGCAGCAGAUGUUAACUCAGGGCAAAUCUUCCUCAGCAAAAAAUAAAAUAAAAUAAAUUAAAUUCCCAUUUUUUCCUACUUGUUGCUUAUGCUGAAACCAAAUUGUGAAAAUAAAGCACUACAAUUCCUUGAGUAUCUAUUAGUAUCUACUCUGUUCUAGGUACUGUAUAUAUAUUUAAUCCUUACAACACUCUUAAAAAGGAAAUGAUAUUAUUCCUGUUUUACAGAUAAGGAAACUGAGGCUCGAGAAAUUAAGUACCAGAGCCCUGAUUUGGACCUUACUCAGUCUGCCUUCUUCCACUACACCAUGUAGUCUGGGACUAGAGCAGUUUCAUUUAAGGAGUAAUUUGUGACAGGCUUAGGUAAACUGGAAGGGGCAUAUUCCAAAGUUCAGAAACUUUGGAAUCCUAGGAGGUCCACAGGGAAACCCUAAGAAGUCAGAUUAAGUAAACAGGAUGAUGGGGCCAGCCCCGUGGCCGAGUGGUUAAGUCCGCUGGCUCUGCUUUGGCAGCCCAGGGUUUCGCCGGUUUGGAUCCUGGGCACGGACAUGGCACG